UAUUCUCAUCGCCAAAUUUGACCCGCAAAUUCGUUUCGACGAGACAAGGACAAAAUCCAACCAUGACAAUCCUUUUUUUAAUCUGUAUCAUCCUUAUUUUAUUUCGUAAAACUCCAAUAAACUGGAACAAAACUCGCUAUUCACAAUUCCCAUUCCGUAGAGUUCAAAGAGAGAUGGGGAGCAUGGAGCAUUUGCCACGAGAAUUGGUGUCAAACAUCCUCUCGAGGUUGCCAACGAAGGUGUUGCUGAGAUGCAAGUUAGUUUGCAAGUCCUGGUUUGAUCUCAUAACUGAUCCUCAUUUUAUUACCAAUUAUUACUUUUUCUACAACAAUCUUAUGCACUUUCAAAGCCAAGAGGAGCAACUCUUGGUCAUUCGCAGACCCUUUCUUUCUGGCCUUAAAACUUACAUUUCUGUUCUUUCUUGGAAUAUCAAGCAACCCAAAGGACUUGUUUCCUCUGAAGUUUUAAACCCUCCCUAUGAAUAUAAUUCUGACCAUAAAUACUGGACUGAAAUAUUGGGUCCUUGCAAUGGUGUAUAUUUCCUUGAAGGCAAUCCAAAUGUUAUCAUGAAUCCUUCUCUGAGACAGUUCAGGGCUUUGCCUGAAUCCCAUUUCACUUGUCCCAUUGGCACUUACUCUUUCACUUAUUAUGCUGGCUUUGGCUUUGACACCAAAACUAAUGACUAUAAAGUUGUUGUGAUUAAGGAUCUUUGGUUAAAGGAAACAGAUGAACGAAAACUUGGUUAUUGGACAGCUGAGUUAUAUAGCCUUAAUUCCAAUUCUUGGAGGAAACUUGAUGUUUCUCUCCCACUUCCCAUUGAGAUUUGGGGUUCUUCUCGUGUUUAUACUUAUGUGAACAAUUGUUGUCACUGGUGGGGCUAUGUUGAUGAGUUUGGUAGAAUUGAAGAUGUUGUUCUAGCAUUUGACAUGGUCAAUGAAGUCUUCAGAAAGAUUAAAGUACCAAGAAUACGUUGUUCCUCAGAAGAAGAUUUUGCUACUCUUGCACCCUUUAACGAAUCUGCUACCAUUGGUUUCAUUGUUUACCCUGUGAGAGGAACAGAUAAAUGCUUUGACGUGUGGGUAAUGAAAGAUUAUUGGGACGAAGGGUCUUGGAUUAAGCAAUACACAGUUGGACCCACAGAAGUUAUUUACAAGCUUGUGGGGUUUUAUGGAAGCAAUCGAUUUCUUUGGAAAGACAGUAAUGAAAGGCUAGUGUUGUAUGAAUGUGACUCUGAACAAACAAGGGAUCUUCAGGUUUAUGGAAAGUAUGAUUCAAUAAGAGCUGCUAGAUACAUGGAAAGCCUUGUUUCACUUGAAAGGGAAAACGAGUAUAGUCACCAAUGUUUUUCAUGUAGUUUGGUUCCAGACCCUCUACUAAAUCAGAGGGAAUGAUCUUAUUUCCAUUUUAUAAAUCAAAUUAUAAACUUGUUCGAGACCCUUUAGUAGGGUCUUUUUACUGCUUUGUUGCUUGUAGAUCAGAGCCUCGUUAGUUGUCAUGCAAGAUGAGAUUGCUGAAAUCUGCUGAUAGCAGCAUCAUGAUGUACUAGAUAAAUGUUAGUUUCCUUCUUGAAUAUGAAAUUUGGGGUCUUUUCUCGACCAAAUUAACAAGUAUACUCAUGUUAGAAUUCUCAUUGUCUAACUAUUAGAAAUUGGAACUUUCAAAAGUUGAAUGUGCGUAUUAAAAUUGAAGA